AUGACCAAAUUCGAGACAGCCCUCGAGCGCAUCGACGCAGCGCACGCCGACGAUCCCCGCCAAACCCAAACAGCCACCGGCCCAAUCCCGUACGAACUGCACUAUGCGCAAAAAAUGACCAGCUACCUCUCAACCCUGAACCCCUCCGCACCAGAGCUCCUUCAGCUCGCAAUCCGCGCCCAACACCUGCGCCGUUGGGAAGUGCCGCGGGACAGCUACCCCGCCACAAAGAUCGGGUAUCACUCGUGGCGGGCGGGCCUGCAGAGGCGACAGGCUGCGCUGGUCGAGCAGAUCUGUGUUGAGAGCGGGUACUCGGCCGAGGAGGCGGCGAGGGUUGGCGCUCUGGUGCGCAAGGCGGAUCUUAAGCAGGGAGAUUCUGAUACGCAGACUUUGGAGGAUGUUGCUUGUCUUGUCUUUUUGGAUGAUCAGUUUGAUAAGUUUGAGGCGGAGAUCGCAGAUGAGGAGAAGAUGGUUGACAUUUUGAGGAAGACUUGGGGAAGAUGUCGGAGCGGGGGAGGGAGGAGGCUUUGA